AUGGAAAUUGAUGGGGACGUUGAGAUUCCACCCAACAAAGCCACAGUCCUUCGGGGCCAUGAGUCCGAGGUGUUCAUUUGUGCCUGGAACCCUGUCAGCGAUCUGCUGGAUUCUGGGUCUGGAGACUCGAUGGCCAGGAUAUGGAACCUUAAUGAACACAGCAACGGGGACUCCACCCAGCUUGUGUUGAGGCACUGUAUACGGGAGGGGGGACACGAUGUCCCCAGUAACAAAGGUGUCACCUCACUGGACUGGAACGUAACGAUGGGACACUUCUGGCCACAGGUUCAUAUGACGGUUUUGCAAGGAUAUGGACGGAAGACGGUAAGUAACCUGGCCAGCACCUUAGGCCAACAUAGAGACCCCAUCUUUGCCUUGAAAUGGAACAAAAAGGGGAAUUAUAUUUUGAGUGCUGGUGUAGACAAAACAACAAUCAUUUGGGAUGCCCACACAGGAGAAGCCAAACAACAGUUUCCUUUCCAUUCAGCAGCCCCUGCUCUUGAUGUGGACUGGGAGCACAACACUACCUUUGCCUCCUGUAGCACAGACAUGUGUAUUCAUGUAUGCAGACUUGGCUGUGACCGCCCGGUCAAAACCUUCCAAGGACACACAAAUGAGGUCAAUGCUUUCAAAUGGGAUCCUUCUGGAAUGUUGCUAGCAUCCUGCUCUGAUGACAUGACAUUAAAGAUCUGGAGCAUGAAGCAGGACACUUGUGUGCACGACCUGCAAGCUCACAGCAGAGAGAUAUACACCAUCAAGUGGAGUCCCACCGGGCAGGCCACCAGCAAUCCCAACUCCAACAUCAUGCUGGCGAGUGCUCCGUUUGACUCCACGGUCCGGCUGUGGGAUGUGGAGCGUGGGGUGUGUAUCCACACGCUGACCAAACACCAGGAACCUGUCUACAGUGUCGCUUUUAGCCCCGACGGGAAGUACUUGGCCAGCGGCUCCUUUGACAGGUGUGUCCAUAUCUGGAAUACUCAGAGUGGCAGUCUUGUCCACAGCUACCGAAACACCGGUGGCAUCUUCGAGGACCCCUCGGUCGAUGCAGCCACCUGGACAUGGUGA